CAACCUGCAGACAGCGCGGUUGUAAUUAAAACCCCCAACUAGCGACACAGACGUCUUGCACGCACUUGCACCUUGCUGUCAGCACUAGCAGAGGCACAGCAGCACACAACCUGGCAAGAAGGAAAAGCAAGCACUAUAUAACCUUUGCUAAACACUCUUACUAACCAUGGAAGACCAGAACUCCGUCGACCCUAACAACAACGGCGAGUCGGAUGAGGUAAUUAUUAUAGCUAACCAUAAAACCCUUCUCAUUUUCUAGACAACGCUAGCCUGUCUUGUGACAAUAUGCUCUGACAUCUCUCGGACAACUAAUACUUUUAAUUGUUUGUUUUGUGGAUUUAGGUUCGAACUUUGUUUGUGAGUGGUUUACCGGCUAAUGUCAGAUCCAGAGAGAUAUAUCUAUUAUUCCGUGCCUAUAAGGUAAAACCUCUUCUUUAAAUUUGUAUACGAAUAACGGUGUUACCACAGGGGUCUUUGCCCAAUAAGCUUGCUUGAAGGUAGGCUGCGUUGAUCACAUCUGUUUGGCGAAUUUAACUCUCUUGAUAUUAUGAAGAAUUUUAAAAUGUAUUUAUACAUCGAUUAUCUAUAUUUUGUAACCAUUAACUGUUUCAAUAUAAGCGUAUAUAAAUGUAUAAAGCACGGAUGAAAGCCGUAGGAACUGAGGUAUUGUAUUUCACAACCAAUAUAUCUGUUUUUAAAAACGAAUUGGGAGUAGUUAUUUCAAUUUUCAUUAUGUGUUGUCAUGCUUUCUAAUAUGAUUGUUCUGUAAAGCAUCGUGUAAGUCGUUAAGCAUGUUAAACUAUACUCGGUUUUUAACCCCUAACCCGUCAUAUAAUACCUAUAAUCGCUGAAAAACCGUUACGGCGUUAGGGCUGUCCUGGGCGAAUGUAUCAGGUUACCAAGGUUUUCGGUGCGUUCAGAAUAAUUUCGAAUGGCCGACAAUAAUUAGCCUAACAUGUUUAUAGCCGUCUGAGCAGAACAUAAUAUCAAAUUCCUUUCUUUAUAAGCUUUCUGUGCGAUUUACAUAAUCUUUGUUUCGUUUCCUGAAUGUUGCGACGAGAGGCCGCGAGAAGUACUCGAAUUUCGCCAUGUGACUUGGUAAGGAUGAAAUUUCACCGGUAUUGGGAAAGGAUGUCAUUUCCUAGGGCAACUCCCGUAAAAUUAACGACGUUCUGUUGGGAAUGAGUAAUUGUCAAGCGACAAUAAAGGUCGUGUGCAUUGCAAGUGUUAAACACAAGCUGUUUCUCGAACGAAUAAAUUAAAAAACCAUUAUGUUCUUAAACAAUCCUUAAGAUACCGAAACUGGUCUCGUGUAAAUCAGAAACGUGUUUUUGGAAACUUUUAUUUGCAAACUUAAGUUCUAAGUUCCGUUUUAUAUUAAAACAUUCUGGAACUCGUCGACAAAUGUUUGAUUUGGCCCGCGUAACCGUGGAAACAUGAAGAAUUCAUGCAUGAUUCAGCUUGUUAAAUUGAAAAGAUCGCAACACGACUCCGCCAUUGCGAAGACAAAUAAAUACCAAAUAUCAUCAAUCUUAACAACAGGGCUAAAAAUGAAUUUAGUUUGGGAGUGAAUCGUUUAGUUUUUAAAUAGGGAUUACGUGGUAUUAUUGACUUUUCAGAGCGGUUUUCCAUAACAAUUCUCGCUAGGCAACGUUGCCGAAUGGAACUAGGUUAUUAGCAUGCAAAGUACUUGUUUGGUUUAAUACUGGUAAUAAAUCUUUAAUUAAGUGUUGCACUUGUCAAUAGACGAAGUUAAGGAGUCUAAAAGCCCUUUCGGACAAACAAGAACGCGUCUUUCGGAAACGUUUUGCGUACUUUGGACGUAUGCGGUUAAAAAAUGUUCUUUCGGUUAGCAGGUUGUGGUGUUUAAAAAUACAGGUAGUCUCUUCGUUUGUGGUAAAUUUUCGAAUGUAGUCGUGGUUAGUUAAAAGCGUAGGUAGAGCAGUCUUUUAAUACGAGUGUUUUUUAGUGGAUAACUACUGUCUAAUUGUACAAAGCAUCAAAGAAAUUAUCGACCUGCAUUUUACCGGACAAUAUUUAUUUAAGAUUAUUAAUAUUAAACAUUUAUAUUAUAAGACAAAAUGAUCUACCUUAAAUUCUUAGUGAUUAUUGUGUUAUCAUAGCUAUCAAUAGCAAUGAAUUUUGAGGAAAUAAAAACGUAACCAAUCUAAGUUCUGUCAAAACUCUAUAAAACUGUUCUCCCUCAAAGCCUGAAAGAUCGCCACUGUGCCACGUUGGAAAACUCAUGCUGAGACUCAAAAAGGAAUAUUUCUCAAUUAACACAGACUGUCGCGAAUAAUACAUGUAGUUAGCAACAAAAAUAACUCCUAAACAAUAUGCUAAGGACUGUUUAAGCUUUCGUUGGCAGGGAAUAGGGAUUCAACUACAUGAAAAUAUAUAAGGAGAAUUUCGACGUUUCGAGCGAAGGCCUUCGUCUGGAGUUACUCAGAAACAUUAGGGAGUUUUUAAGCUUCACGUUUCCUGGAACGGCAAACGGCAGGUUCGAACUUCCUUGGCAAAAUUUUCGUUGAACGUUUUCGUUUCAUAUUUUCUUUCUUGUGUCGAAGGAAUAAUCAUGCAUUGCAGUUUUAAAACGGCAAGUUUAUUUACUCUUUAUUGCCUGAUACCGUAAAAUUUUUCUUUGCCUGGCGUUUGCCGUUUGACGUACAUAAACGAUAAGCUCUCUAUUAACUCCAAACGAAGGGCCUUCGCUCGAAACGUCGCAAUUCUCCUUAUAUAUUUUCAGGUAUUUGCAACUCUAGCAACGAAAGCUUGUUCAUUUUAUUGCCACUACCUACACUGGCAAAAACAGUUAAUGGUUGUUUUAUAACUUUGAAUAACAGAACAACAAGCAUUUAUCAUUUAAAUAUGUUUGAGGCGAAACCAGAACUAUUCUUAAAAUCUCAAAAAUAUAAACCAGAGAGCCUCCGAGAUACUUGAUAAGUAUAAAUUAUCUCACGUAACUAAGUUUCCAUUGUUGUUUCCUAGGGUUAUGAAGGAUUUCAACUCAAACUAACAGAUAAACAGGGCAAGCCAUCGGUAAGCUAGACGUUUUAGUAUCCAGGAGUUUCACUAUAUGACUUAGCUUUGAAAACUGAUUUUGAACUAUUAUUAAAAGGUUUUGUAAUACUGAAUAUUUCUUCUUCAGCCUGUCGCGUUUGUUACAUUUCUGGAAAGAGAAGAUGCAGAAGACUGUAAAAACGACCUUCAGGUAAGCGGAGAUUUCUGGGGGGGGGACUAUGAAAGCUUGAAAGGCAAGCGUUUUGAAGGAUUUGUAACAGAAAUGUUUCAGUUGAAGGAACUAACAACUCAGUGUUCAGUCAGUUCCUUCAAACAUUUCUUGCAAAUCUUUCGAAACUUAGAAUUUACCUAGGCAAAAUUGCUAUACUGUGUUCACAGAAACUUUGACAGUGUUCUCUUGUUUUAGGGUGUACGUUUUGACCCUGAAGUGAGCCAAGCAUUAAGGAUCGACUUUGCAAGAACCAACACAAAAGUUAGCAAAAUGGCGUACAGGAAUGGCGGUGCGAAAAUUACUUCACCGACCGACGGUCUAACACCACGUAAGAAAUAUCUUCAGUGAACAAUGCAUUCAUGUGUAAAUGUGUAUUGGUAAACUGAAAUUUAAAUAUUUGCUCUCGUUUCUUCUGUUAUAGUGGAUCUUACAGGUCUUAGCUUUUUUGCAUCAGAACCUAUAUGGCACCAUGCUAG